AAUUGAUUAAAGUAUAAUAAAGUGUGUAAAAGUAUCGUCGACAUUUCUUAAAAUACUAAAGUAUAAAGUUUAUGUGGAAUAUCUCUUAUUUAAAUUAUUUGUCAUAAUGUCGUCAAAAACGGAGGUUACAUUAGAACACUUUUAUAUAUUCAAUGGCACAUAUGCAAAAAAGGAAGGAGAGGAAGAAAAAAAAAUACUUUAUUAUUAUCCAGAAAGAGAUUUAGAUGUUCAAAUUAAAAAUAUAGGUCUUAGUGAAGCAAUUAUUAAAUUCACACAAUCAUUUAAUCCUGGACAACCAUGUGAUUAUUGUCAUACACAUAAAACUCGUCAAAUUUACUAUCAACCAGAACCAAAUUUUUGGAUGGUAAUGAUCGUUGGUGUACCAUAUAUAUGGAAAGAAAAAGAUGGGAAUAAAUACACAGAAUAUCAAUAUGAUGAAGUUUCUAACAUUGUCUGUCAAGCUAUAUUAAAGCAGGCAUAUGUCAUGUUCAGAUUAUUUAUGGGAUCAUUUGAUACUAUUAUCAAUGAACCUGAAUGUGGAUCCAUAACAUUAUUAAAACACAAACUUGAACACUUUUAUUCAAGGUACUUAAUGUCUUUAAAAUUGAAUAAUAGUGAUAUUUUGGAUGUUUUCCAAGGUUUACAGUUUUUACCUCUUGAUAAAAUAACAUUUCUACGGGUUCAGUGUUUCAUGAAUCUUGUAGAAGCUAUGUUUUCUCAAAUAAAAUAUACUGCUUUAGUUGUAUGGAGUGGUCUAGAGCCAGAGGAUAUGCAAGUAGUUUAUAAUUAUUUAGUAAGUACACUUUUACCAGCUCACCUUGAAAAAGAACUACAUGAAGGUUCAUUGCCCAGAAAUUCACCUUCACCAUUUACUACAACUCCUCACUAUGGAAAAUUCGUUACUGGCCCAUCUAAUGUUAAUGAACCCAUACUAACUGGAAAGUCUCCUAAAGUAUUUAUAAAUUAUUCUACAAAACCUAUAUCUUUAUAUUUGGUAGUUUAUAGAGCACUGAGUGCUACGAUAUGUCUAUUUGUUGAUAGUAAAACAAGCUUGCUACUAGAUUUUUUUAAAAGUCUUGAUAAUUUUCUUGGUCCACAACUGACAACACUUGUGAGUUCAGUUGCUGAACAAUGUGCUAAACAUGUGACAGUUUCUUCAGAAUCUUACAAAUAUCUCUAUUUUAAUAAACUUAAUUUAGCAUAUAAAAGUACAAUACAUCCAGAUAAUAGGCGAUGCUCUAGUGUACUUACAACACCUGAAGUAUUAAGAGUUAUUACUGAUAUAUAUAAUGAUACAAACAAAUUAAAAGAAGCUGGAGAAAUUAUUAUAAAAACUAUGAACGAUUAUUGGGUUGUUGGAAAAUUAUCGAAUUUGAGAGAAUUCUUUGUAGUUAUUCAACAAAAAAGUGCAAGCAUAAUGGAAAUAGAAGAGGACGUGAAAAAACUUUGUGAAAAAGAAUUAAAAAGUAUAUUUUUUCAUUAA